AUGAGAGUGUGGUAUCCCGAUAUGUGUGCCACGUCUCUCCUGGCGUGGUCGUCCACAUCCAUGACCCUGUCACGCUGACCCUUCUAGCUGAAUUGGAUUCUAUUUUUUUGCCUUUUUUACUUCGUCUGAAUUUUUUUAUCUUUUUGGGGUAAAUUUUCAGUUUUUUUUUUUGCCUUUUCUUCUGAAAGUUUUCUUUCUCGGGCAAGAGUGUUUCUGCCGCCAUCUUGCUGCAUUCUCCCUGAUGGCGCCAGAUCUCCGGGCUCCGCUGAUGCUGUGGCUCCUAGCCGCGUGUCCUGCGGCAGGGCAGAAAGUGGACGAGAAAUAUCCGGUAGUGAACACCAACUAUGGGAAACUGCGUGGAGUGAAGAAGGAUCUAAAUAACGAGAUCCUGGGCCCGGUGGUGCAGUAUUUGGGGAUCCCUUAUGCCACCCCUCCCAUCGGAGAGCGCAGGUUCCAGCCGCCCGAAGCCCCGGCGUCCUGGACCGAGAUUAGGAACGCUACAACCUUUGCCCCCGUGUGUCCACAAAACCUACAUGGAAUGUUACCCGGGAUCAUGCUGCCUCUGUGGUUCACCGAGAACAUGGACGUGGUGGCCGGAUAUGUACAAAACCAGAGCGAAGACUGCCUGUACCUCAACAUCUACGUCCCCCUGGAAGACGGUCCCCUUUCCAAAUCUCGGGAGGACUCAAGAAAGUCUCAGCACACUGCAGAUGAAGAUAUCCGGGACAGUGGGAAGAAGCCGGUCAUGAUGUUCAUCCAUGGAGGAUCUUAUAUGGAGGGCACUGGGAAUAUGUUUGAUGGCAGUGUCCUUGCCGCCUAUGGCAAUGUGAUUGUGGUCACUAUGAACUACAGACUGGGAGUUCUCGGCUUCUUAAGCACUGGAGACCAGGCAGCCAAAGGUAAUUACGGCCUACUGGACCAGAUUCAAGCCUUGCGUUGGCUAGAGGAAAACAUCGGCCAUUUUGGAGGAGAUCCUGAGAGAAUCACCAUCUUUGGAUCAGGGGCGGGAGCUUCAUGUGUCAGCCUCCUCAUCCUCUCCCACCACUCAGAAGGACUUUUCCAGAAAGCCAUCGCACAAAGUGGGACCGCCAUCUCCAGUUGGUCUGUAAACUACGAACCUCUGAAGUAUACUCGUCUAUUAGCAGCAAAAGUGGGUUGUGAUUACACCGACAACGCAGAGAUGGUGAGCUGCCUCAGGAGAAAGCCCCACAGAGAUCUGGUGGACCAAGACAUCCAGCCCGCUAGGUACCACAUUGCUUUUGGACCUGUCGUGGAUGGGGAUGUGGUCCCAGAUGACCCAGAGAUUUUAAUGGAGCAGGGUGAGUUCCUGAACUAUGACAUCUUGAUGGGAGUGAACCAAGGUGAAGGUCUGAAGUUUGUUGAAGACACUCUGGAAAGCGAAGAUGGAAUAUCUGCCAGCUACUUUGAUUUUACCGUAUCCAACUUUGUGGACAAUCUUUAUGGCUACCCAGAGGGGAAAGAUGUUCUACGUGAGACGAUAAAGUUCAUGUACACAGACUGGGCAGACCGUGACAAUGGUGACAUGCGAAGAAAGACUCUGCUGGCUUUGUUUACCGACCAUCAAUGGGUGGCACCUGCUGUGGCAACAGCUCGAUUCCACGCGGAGUAUGAAUCACCUGUCUAUUUCUAUGCUUUUUAUCACCGAUGCCAAGCUGAAGGAAGACCUGAAUGGGGAGAGGCAGCCCAUGGAGAUGAAGUCCCCUACGUCUUUGGCGUUCCCAUGGUCGGAGCCACGGAUCUAUUCCCAUGCAAUUUCUCUAAAAAUGAUGUCAUGCUAAGUGCGGUAGUCAUGACUUACUGGACCAACUUUGCUAAAACCGGGGAUCCCAACCAGCCUGUUCCUCAAGACACUAAGUUCAUCCACACAAAGCCUAACCGUUUUGAAGAGGUGGUAUGGACAAAGUUUAAUCCAAAGGAGAAACAGUAUCUCCAUAUUGGCCUAAAGCCUCGCGUCAGGGACAACUACCGUGCCAACAAGGUUGCUUUCUGGCUGGAAUUAGUCCCUCACCUUCACAACCUCAAUACAGUCCAGCACCCUUCUACCACCACCAGAUUACCCCCUUACACCACCCGCUGGACACCUGGUUCCAGGCCCAACAGUGGAAGUACCACCAGACGCCCACAUUCCACACUUCCUCCUGAUGGGGAUGACGAUGAGCUGGUGGAACGGCCUCGAUAUUCUCCAUUUCCAGGCGACUCCCGUGACUAUUCAACAGAGCUGAGUGUGACGGUAGCUGUGGGGGCUUCACUCCUCUUUCUCAACAUCUUGGCUUUUGCUGCGCUUUACUACAAAAGAGAUAGGCGUCACGAACUACGUCAGCGGAGACACAGUCCUGGGAGAGGAGGUGCCCCUGGCAAUGACCUUGCGCACCACGGACCAGAAGAAGAGCUUAUGUCACUUCAGAUCAAACGAGCUGGUGGGGCUCCAGAUCUUGAACCACUAAGGCCCCAUGAUAUACUGAGGCCAGCUUGUCCUCCCGACUAUACACUGGCACUGAGAAGGGCCCCUGAGGACGCUCCGCUCCCUCCACCACCUCCACCUCCUGGCUCCGUUAUGGCCCCAAGUACCAUUUCGGGGCUACCCUCAUUACAUCCUUUCAAUACAUUCCCCACCACUGCCCACAACAAUACCCUUCCUCACCCGCAUUCAACUACAAGGGUAUAGUGGUGCUAGGCAUCUCUCCCUCGACCCACGUGCUGCCCCUGUCUCCCCCUCCCUGUCAUAAACAGCUAUGCUGGCUAUCUGGGCCUUCCAAGCUUGAGCUGGAUUUUGCCUUAUGGCAGGGGAUGGGGUAGAUAAAAAGACUUGUUUAUAAUGAGGGAGCAAGAAGAGAACUACCCGCGCUCCCCGUGCACCUCCUUUUCCUCCUCAGGCUAUAAAAACUGCGAUCGACCAUCAGGUCCACAAAACCUGAACUGGAAUCUCUGCCUAUGUCAUGGGGGAAACAGGGUCAAACAAGGGGGCAGUAAUUUAACGGGAUUGUAGGGGAAGAUAAAAGUGUUUUGAUCAAAUAAAUUAUACCCCCUGCUUCCCUUUUAAGAAAGGGAUAGGGGGUUCGGCUACGGGAGGAACAGCGGCCUACAUGAUUAGGCCAAAACCCUCCAGGGACUUCUACACCGGCUUUAUUAUUUUUAUUCAAGGACGUUGUUCAUUUGAUGGGGACAUUACACUGGGUGGGGGCAUCGCGGAUACCCUCGGUCUGGUGUGUACAAUGCACUGAAUCUUCAUGGACUAAUCUGCUCCCCAACAUCUCAAAUUACCAUCACAGGAAGAAGGGGUGCCCCUCCGCGAAGAAGAGGGCAGGGGGUGAAUGUAUCAGGGGUGAAUGCAUGAGAGGCCAAAUUGAAGCCCCUUCCUCGUAACACACACAGUGCCAAUGAUCCCUUCCUCCUCUCAGACUAGGUGGGCUGGCUAGUCAGUAACUUGGGGGGCUCCGAAAGGUUUAAAAUUGCCUCUCCACUGCCAUAGUCCUAGGGUGCCUGGGUAGAAACAAGAGGGGAAGGGGACUGUAAGUGUGCCAAAAUCCGAGAGAGGGGGUUGUUAUCUGACCGAUCGUUCUCUUUUCAUCUAAUAUUGUUUGUAAUGAUUGUCCUUCUCUGCUCAGUUUUCUCUCCAAUCCCCCUCGGCUCCCCGUCCUGCCCCCCAUCUUUGUCUCUACUUCACCAACUGUUUCUCCACAAAACCGGGCACGAGGUUCGUAAUCAGAAGCACAUUGAAGAUCUCACCACCCUCUGCGGAUGUAGGUCUGAUGAAUGACGAGUCGACGUGGGAGAUCGUAGCAGUCCAUAACCGGUAGAUUAUGAGGAUGAUAUUCAGGCCGAUCCUGUGAUCUAUGACAGAAGCUGCAGGGUCAGAAAAAUCUUUAAGAUUUCUAUACAUGAAAUCGUCAUAUAGCUUUGCCUCGAGGAGAUUCCCACAGGCUUUCUACAAGUUACAGCAUCAGAGAUUUAUCCUAUAAUAGGGUCCGUCAGCUCUCCUCUGAUAAAUGCUCGCUCGGCUGGUUCCGCCGUUCACAUGCAUGCUGGGCUCGGCUGAGCGUGCAUUGUUUUCACUGGGCAUGGUUGAGGAAAUCACUGCCGGGGGCGAAUUUCCAACAGGGACAGGACAGCUAAAAUACAACAAGCCCAAUCUGCCAAGGGCGGUAAUUGGCUGCUUAUAUGGAAUGCCUAUGGCCGGGUCUGGCCACACACAAUACAUUAGAUAAGUCCGAUUUUUUUCUCACCAUUGAUUGACAUGACGAGGGAUAAAAGGGGCCCAGGGGUCCCACAAUGAGGAAGUUCAUAUUUAUUAUAAAGGGUCAGAGCCUUUGCUCCCCUCUCUGUCUAGAAGAAUCCAGUGGUCUUGAUGGGACCCUGAAGGUGACAACCCCAAGUACAGUUCAGAAGACUUAUUCCAACCGUCCAAUCUGCCAAUUCACCCAACCCGGUCAUAAAAUACAGAGGGUGAAUCCAUUGUCAGAGAUCUCACUCAUGCCGUCGGUGUUUGCCGGUGGAUCGUCUGCUCAUAGGUCCGCGCUCGCCAUCUCAUCCCCUGCUGUAACUUGUAGGAAUCACAGAGGCAGAUGACUAACGAGAAUGCAGUCUAUGUGCUGUGGGCUGCUGUCCGGAACGGCGCACCAGAGAAGCCCCUCCCCCUCGCAGACCUUAAGAUUUAUAUUAUAUAGAUUGUUCUAUAAUUAAAGGGACAUAUGGAAUAUAUAAAUAUAUAUAAAGUAUAUAUGCACAGGAUGGUGCACACACGGAGGUGUGUAUAUGGACACACGCUAUAUGCAUGUAUGCACAUACACGCGUGUGUGUGUAUAUAUAGAUCUAGUCGUCGGUGGCAUUGUACGAGCCAGCAGCAGAGCCCAAUGGGCAAAGUACAAUGGCGCAGACACCUACAUAUCAGUAUACGUGUGUACAUAUACAUGACAUGAAGGCACAGGAGAUGCCUUAUUGCCUUUCUAGGUCCUGGCGCUGAAUUGGUUAACUAC